AUAAAUACUUUAUGGGAAUGGAAUCGCCUUCUGGGUGUUACACGCAUCCGCAUCAACCAUAAGCCUAAUAUGUCCUUAAAAGAAAACUAUGUAGUAUGCCAUGGAAUAUAUACCAUCCCAUUUGUACAUCAGAUUUCCAGAAAUGCUCAUUCAUAUCCGAGUCGUGUAGAGUAACGUUUCUGAAAAGUAAGCACUCCGAAGAAUUAAAAAUUAAAUUCAGUAACAGAAUCGGUUUAUUCUGUGCCUUCUUGUUGAAGCGGUUGAACACAUAGAACAGUACAAAUAACAGAGAAAUAUCCGCAAAAGUUUGCAAAAAUCGUGUGUAAUCGCCGUGUUGUGAGCGAGUGCUGGGUGCAAAGAGAGGAUCGUAUAGUACGAAAGAACAGCAGCAGAAAUGUUGCCCCAAGUGUUGCGUGGCUUCCAGCGUAUGGCCCAGUGGCGCCCAAUGCCGGCUCGUUCUUUCUGCUUAGAUCUGGUCUACAAGGACGACUACGUUGAGAAGUUGCGGCACAGCUACUACGCGGAGGAGCGCAACAAAAUGCUGCUGCCGGCGUACAAGAAGGCCAUGCUGUAUCCGGACGAUCUGGCGAUCAGAGAUAGCGUUGGUGAAUUUACGUACCUACAGCUAUACAUUGCGGCCAAGCGUCUAUCAAAAGAGAUCUCAGCUAUAUGCGGUAGCGGCACUUCGUCAUCAGUUGUAUUCUUCUGUGGGAGUAAUGCCAUGUGGAUUGUGAUGCUGUGGAGCUGCUGGAUGUCCGGCCAGGUGGCAGUGCCACUGCGUGCAAGUUCGGGCCUGGAACUGGUGCGUCUCCAGGCUAUCGACUGUAAGGCAAAUCUGUUGAUUGGCUCUCCUGAAAACGAGAGCGUUAUCCAGGAACUGUCGCAGACCCUGAAGGCAGCCACCAUUACGCUGGACCAUGACUUUGUGCCGCCAAUGAAGGACAUCUCCUCCACGUCGGUAUACGCCAAGCAGCUGGUGAACACCGAAAAGCCGGGCGUUCUGAUGCCCGAGGCCAUGCUGCCUAAUGAAUUUUACGAGAAGAGCAUGGCCAUGAUGCUCUACACAUCCAAUGCGACCAACACUUGCAAGCCGGUGAUGCUCACCCAUCGCAAUGUCGAUGCCCAGACCCGAUGCCUGAUCGACACCUGGCGCCUGGGGCCCAACGACACCUUGCUGCCCGUUCUGCCAAUGUUGCGCCAGCACAUGGCCAUUGCGGCGGUGCUUCAAGUCGGUGGCAAUGUCGUACUCCAGCAGGACUUCAACGCCAGCAGCGUCUGGGACGCCCUGCUGGGCGUCAAAAUGUCGACCAAGAAGCGCUGCACCUGCUUCUUGGCCAUGCCCAUCGUGUACAAGCAAAUGAUUGCAGAGUACCAAAAAAUGUUCAUCAAGGACUCGCUCAUGGUCGAGUACAUUAAGAAUCACUGCAGCGAGAAGAUGCGUCUAAUGGCCACGGCCUUUGCCAUCUUGCCGGAUUCGGUGUUCAAUGGCUGGCGCGACAUCACCGGGCAUCACAUUCUGGAGUACUACGGCAUGCUGGAGACGGGCUUCGUCCUGGGCCAUGCCAUCGAGGAGGGGCCAAAGGUGCUGCCCAAAUUGGUUCCCCAAAAACGUCUACCCAAGCCACCACCCAGAUCUUUUCCACCCAACUACAAGCCGGGCACCCUGGGCUCCCCUCUCCUGGGGGUAACUGCCCGGCUGGUGAGUCCAACGGGCAAGGAGAUCAUUAAGUGCCACAACCAUGUCGGUGGGCCCAUGAAAAUGGGGGAGGCCGUGAGUGAGGCCCCUAACAGUCCUGCAGAUCCUUUUGAUCCCACCAAAACGGCUGCCAAUGGAGAGCUGGAGAUCGCCUUCACGGUCACGGGAGAGGAGGAGAAAUUCAUACCCACCGGCGACAUAUGCGCCUAUUACAACGACAACUUUUACUUCAUUAGCCAGGCGUGUGAUAUGAUAACACUCGGCGGUCUCAAGGUGAACUCCUCCGAGGUGAAGAAGGUGCUGCUUUCGCAUCCGAAAAUCAACGAUGUGUCCGUACUGGCCAUCCCGAAUAUGGUGUGGGGCCAUCGACUCUUUGUCGUUUGCGCUGUCUCGCCCGAUGCCGCCCUUGAGGUGGAGACCAUCGAGACAUAUUGCGAGAAACAAUUGCCGGACUUCAAGUGUCCCUACAUCGUAAAGGUGGUCGUCGCCAAGUAGUGGGCCACUUUCGCCACUCGC